UUUUUGCGGGUGACAAGAACAAGUCUUCAAGACAAGAUACUACAAAUACCGAGUGUAACUCCACAAUAUCGUGCAGCAACAAUACACCAAUCAAGAUGUACCAGCAGAUGAUGAGCUCCGGUAGCCGCAGUCUGGCUGCAACGCUCCUCCUGCUCCUUGCCGCCGCCGCCACAGCCCAAGCAGCUCCGGCGGCGGGAACAGCCUGCCAUAACGACAUUGUCGCGCUGCGGAGCACCUGCUACCAGUACGUCCAGGAUGACGGUCCCAUGGUGCAGCCAUCGCCGCAUUGCUGUGCCACUGUGAGGGGCAUCGCCAACGCUACCUGUGUCUGCGACUACUUCAGCUCCCUCGACCGCAUAAACCUGGACAGGGUGUUCUACGUUGCUGGGCAGUGCCACGUCGCCAUCCCCUGGAGCUGCGGAGACAAAAAUCAGGUCUGACAGAAUCCGCUGAUGGCAGAGGGGCUGCUACACUCAGGACAGCUUGCAAUUCUCAAAUAAACGAAUAAAGUUGGUACUUCUAGUUGCAUGAUGUUAGAAUUGUAUGAUGUUCACUUAUAUAGAACUCUAAUGAGUUUCAUAGUAUGGUUCUGUAUCAAAGCAUGAAUCAAUAGGCAUCUCAUUUUUCUCU